GCUCUUGAGUUUGCAGCAUUGUUAGGAGUUCCAGAAAGUGAUUUUAAAGCAUCUGAUGAUGGUACUAAAAAAAUUAAGCCUCUGGUUAUUAACAAGUUCCAUAUGCCAUUGGCAUUUCGCCAUAAAGGAAUUACAUCACAUAACCAACUUCCUGUUGAUUAUUAUCAUAAUGAAAAGGC